AUGAGUAACACCGACUUCCUCGGCCGAGCCAUCGACACCGUCAAAAAAGCCAUCGAACACGACAAUGCCGGCGAAUACGAAAAGGCCUAUCAGGGCUACUAUGCCGCGCUCGAGUUGUUCAUGCUCGCCCUUAAAUGGGAGAAGAAUCCCAAAUCGAAGGAGAUGAUUCGCGCCAAGACGGGGGAGUAUAUGGAUCGCGCAGAGAAGCUUAAGAAUCAUUUGGCGAAUGCAGAUAACAAAAAGAAACCGAGUGCGGUGGGCGCGAAUGGGAAAGUGGCAAAUGGGGGUGGGAAGGGGAAAGAAGAUGAAGACGGCGAAGAUGCAGAGGCCAAAAAGCUGCGAGGCGCGUUACAAGGAGCCAUUCUGUCCGAAAAACCUAACGUGCGAUGGGAGGAUGUCGCCGGUUUGGAGAAUGCAAAGGAGGCCUUGAAGGAGGCUGUUAUAUUACCGAUAAAGUUCCCUCAUUUAUUUACGGGCAAGCGACAGCCGUGGAAAGGCAUAUUGAUGUAUGGACCUCCUGGAACGGGAAAGUCGUAUCUUGCAAAGGCCGUUGCGACAGAAGCGAACAGUACAUUUUUCAGUGUUAGUAGUAGUGAUUUGGUUUCGAAAUGGAUGGGUGAGAGUGAACGUCUCGUCAAGCAAUUGUUCAAUAUGGCUCGAGAGAACAAACCGGCCAUCAUCUUCAUCGAUGAAGUCGAUGCGCUCUGCGGACCGCGUGGAGAGGGCGAAUCCGAAGCAUCUCGACGUAUCAAGACUGAAUUGCUCGUGCAAAUGGAUGGUGUUGGCAAGGAUUCACGCGGCGUGCUGAUACUGGGCGCAACGAAUAUCCCCUGGCAGCUAGACGCUGCCAUUCGACGACGAUUCCAACGAAGAAUUCACAUCAGUCUACCAGAUAUCAACGCACGAAUGAAGAUGUUCAUGCUGGCCGUGGGCUCGACGCCGUGUCAGUUGACGCAGGCUGAUUACCGACAUUUGGCGGAGAUUAGUGCGGAGUAUUCUGGUAGUGAUAUUAGUAUCGCGGUGCAGGAUGCGUUGAUGCAGCCUAUCCGGAAAAUCCAGACUGCUACGCAUUACAAAAAGGUCCUCGUUGACGGAGAGGAAAAAUUCACCCCCUGCUCACCCGGCGAUAACGGCGCCAUGGAAAUGAACUGGAUGGAAGUCGAGUCGGAGAAACUCUUAGAGCCACCCCUUGUGCUGAAAGACUUUAUCAAAGCUAUUCGAAAUUCACGACCUACCGUCAGCAAAGAAGAUCUAGAUCGGAAUGCCGAGUGGACAACGCAGUUUGGUAGCGAGGGUUCAUGA